AUGUUGGGCGAUCUUACCUUUAUGUCUGCCAAAUCGUUUUUGAUUAAAAGUACUUCAGAAAUUGCUUCUUAUUCUUCCCAUUCUAGAUUUGACCAGUUUGACCCAUCUCAAACUCGGCCAUUUCGCAUUCCUCAACGCGCAAACCGCAACAUUCUCCCGUUUCUCUCUUUUUAUUCUCUCUCUCAUCUUCCAGAUCUUCCCGUGUUAAGCAACUGCACCCUCGAAGAAGCGUUCAUUGGCUGCAAAGAGUUAACAUUACUGAACGUUCCUUAUCUUAACUCCAUCACGUCGCACAACGCCCUCUACUUCUCUUCCCUCAUCACCGCAAUCCUCAUCAACUGCAGCAGGCAAUUCCAAUCGAUCUGCCGCAGUUUCAAUCCCUUAGGCGUCGCCGUCAUCGAGCGCAACGUCGAUUUCCUCAUCGACCCAUUCAACGAAAUCCAUACGGCGCAUUUCCGGACAUAUGUCCCCAAAUCCGACGCAGGCGAUUACUGGUUCGGCGAAGUGGACGAAUCGCAGUGUCCCAACGGCGCAGGCCGCCUCGUGACGCAGAACCAAGUGGUGAAGACGUUCAUGUGCAACAACGCGUUCAACGGCUGGACGGAGAUCUACCAAACCGACGAUUUCCAGGAACUCUUCGACGGCGAGAACGAAAAGGGCGUGUUCAUCAACGGAAAACGCUUCGGAACGUUCGUGAAGAAAGCGCUGAACGAUACUCUUUCGUACCGAUCCUACCUCAACGACAAGCCCUUCCCCGAAGAUUUCGUUCGCCAGUACAAAGACUCCGACUGGGUCAUCACCAAUGACAUGAUCCGAUGCUGCAGCCCGCUGCUUCGAAAAGAAAUCUGCCCGCUCUUUUUCGACUGUGCCACCAAAAUCACACUCACGCAGGACGUGAAUUUCCCGCGGGAGUUCGUGCUGCUGCAGGGCUUGGUGAAGACUUUGGUGUUCGACAAGUGCGAAAGCAGCAACGUGGUGAAUGUGGUGCUGUCGAAUCUCGCGGAUUUGAAGAAGAUCGAAUUCAAAAACGGCGCGUUUGCGAGGGAAAAUGCGCGGGGCGCGCUGUGGGUCAUGCAUUGUCCGCAGUUAUCGUCGAUUUGCAUUUGCGAUGACGGCUCCUGUGCCCAUUUUUCCGGCUUUUUCCUUACCGAGUUUGUAGACCUCCCAAAACUCAAAAAGGUUGUUUUCCGCGAUUCUAAAGCCAUGGAAGCGCCGCAAAUGCAGUUCCGGAAUUGCCCAAUGUUCGUGUUUAAGGAAUUGCCCGGCUUGGAAACGCUUUCAUUCAGCGCGCUGACCGCGCCGAACGCCAGUGUUCUGCAUCUGGAGAAUCUGCCGAAGCUGAAGGAAGUGUGGAUGAUGGACCGCACGUUUUCGAGUUGUAAACACUUGGUCGCGCUGUGUAAUGAUGCCACGCAAUGGAAUAUCGGGAAUGCGCUUGAGAACUUGAAGAGUGUGACAUGUCGUCGAGGAAGCGCCAUUGGAGCCAAUUUGAGCGCGGUUGCACGAGGAUUACGAGUUAUUGAGAUUUGUCAUUUUUUGUUGGAAACUGUAUGUCCUUUUUCUUGGGACAGGCUGUCGUGGAGUCUUGUUUAUACAUUGUCACGGAUGUGCCUGUUUUGGUGGGGAUUGUUCCAGGGAGCGAAGGACUGGUUAUCGAGAUCCGGAAGUGCGGCGUCUCUUCCGUGUUGCGCAUCCACUACCACCGAAUUUCCAAUUUAG